AUGGGCGAGACGGGUCGAUGGGCAAACAUCUAUCCAGAUAUGUUGAACGAAAUCAAGAAGCGGUUCCAUUCAUUCAAGGAUCACAUCCCACUUGGAUUGGUUUGCAAAGAAUGGAACCUCAAACUUGGAAGCAGCGAAAUUCCGUGGUUGAUUCUACCUGAAGAAACUUUGAAGGCUAGUUUUGAUGAAGAGGAGGAAGAGAUCUACAGUCUCAUGCAUUUACCUGUUGCUGACGAAGACGCACUUGAGACUAAGGUUCUUGAAGAGAAUGGAGUCUACCAUGUCAUGCUUCCAGAUAUGCAGAUGUUGGACAUCUUCAUCCGUGGUUCCUGCUAUGGAUGGCUGAUCACCCUAACAAUAUCCCAAGGUAAGAUGCAAAUGCUAAAUCCAUUUACAAAGAUGCAUUUUGAUCUUCCUCCACUGUCAACUUUUCCCAAUAUAAUUGAGUAUAGUCAUGAAUACGAUGAAUAUAUUAUGUGGGAUUUUAAGGACAAAAUCUCUCGCCUAGAACGCGAUCGUAUGCACAGGGUCCAAAUUUGGAAGGUUGUCAUAAAUUCAGCUCCUAACAAUGAUAACAAAGAUUUUAUGGCGGUGGCUAUAUAUGGACAGCUCAGAAGAUUAGCCUUUUACAAACCUAACAAUAAGAGAUGGUCAUGGUCAGGCUUGACAACAGACACGAGAUUUGAAGAUAUCAUAUUUUUUAAAGAGAAAAUAUAUGCAGUAGGCUUUGAUGGCCAGCUACACAAAUUUGACACCAACACAGAAUCAGGGACUGUUGUGGGAGGAAUCCAUGCCCCACCUCCAAUUGGGUAUACCACAUCCCCUUAUAAGCUGAAAUAUGUAAUUGGAUGUGCCAAUGGAAACAUAUUGAUGUUGGUAAGACAUUAUGCUUCUUUGAGGGGAACAGAGAAGGAACAUAAGGAACUUGAGACCAUGAAAUUUGAGAUCUAUGAAUUGAGAAAAGGUUCUAAAAAAUGGUCAAGAUUACAUAGUUUAGGAAAUUACGUAGUCUUGAUCGGAUUCAAUUCCAGUGUUCAGAUAUUACCUACCAAUUUUCUAGGCAAAGGAAAUCAAAUUUAUUACACGGAUAACUUAAUAGAGCUGAAAUCAACAGACUUCGCUUCUACACGUGACAUGGGCAUCUUUGACUUGAAGGAUACAAGUUUCCGAAGAAUAUUACGGGAUGUCAAGUUUUUCUGUCCUCCUGUUUGGUGCUUUCACUGUCUUUCUUCUUUGAUGUAG